ACCAACACCCCGAGCACGAUAAGCAUCUCGCUGGCCCUGCCCAGCACCUGGGAGCCUUCCCCGCCUCCCAUUUCUCCCAGCAGGGUUUCACCGCGGAGCCGCGGCCGGAGCCACAUAAAUAGAGGUGCCGGGAGGUUGUGGGGCAGGAGAGGGGACACGUCCCGAGGGUUUGCACCGCAUCCCAGCGCCCGUCCCGCCUGCCCGGCCACCCUGCAGAAUCAUGGCCCUCGCCGCCGCCCUCCGCCUGUCGCUCGCCUGCCUCCUGCUCUGCAGCGCGGCCCCAAAACCCACGUGUGACCCCAGCGCCUGCUCCCCGUGCCCCGAGGAGGAGCCGGAGGGCACRGCCACCCCCAGCGCCGGUGGCUGCUGUCCCCCGUGUCCCCCGCCCUGCUCCUGCCCGCCCUACCUGCAGAGCGACUGCGACAUGCAGGGCUUCUCCAGCGGCCGCGUCCCCGCCGGCCGCUCCUUCUACAUCGACUUCGCCCGCAAGCUGUGCACCUGCCAGCCGGGAGGGGACAUCACCUGCGCCCCGCUGUGUCCCCGCCUGGCCCCCGCCUGCCGCGCCGUGGGCAGCCCGGUGGCCGAUGGCUGUCCCCGCUGCGUCUGCUACGACGAGGAGGAGAUGGCGGUGCCCGCGGGCACUGUCACCACCCGGGGCUCCCAAAUCUGUACCUGCCCUGCCCACGGGGGACAGCUGCAGUGCAGAGCCGGCCAGGGCCACGAGUGAAGCUCUCCUUUUGCCCUGGGGCAUCCUCGCUGAGACACCUGAGAGUGUCCUGGAGGACUUGGGGACUGUCACCGAGCGCUGGGGCGGUGCCAUGUCCUCUGUCAUUUGUAGAGUGUCUGCUUGCUUGGUUGUGAGGUUUGUGCCACAGGGCUUGGGCUGGUGCUGCUAGCAUGUAACUGGAGAGAACACAGCUAUUUAUUUAUUUGGAAGAUGAUUCUGCUUUCGUGUGUGUUUGUGUUUAUAUGGGCUGUUUACAUUAAACUUGCUGGAUAAAGCUUCCUCCCAGGAGCCAGGCUUUUGCUUCCUGUAAUCCCAUAGGGUUCCAAGUGGUGGGACCAGGAUCAGGAGGUUGGCUGACACCCUCUCUCCCAUCUUUUUCUGAGGUGGGAGAAGUUGGGCUGGCACAGGGCUGUGUUUUUAGGGGCAAACCCCUCUGAUGUCUCCAUGCUCCGGAGCAAAGCCUUGACCACUCACGUGAGGAUGUUGGCAGUCAAGGCUCAGCCCUUCACAGCCACUGAUGACCCCAAGGCUGACCCCACUGUCARUCCCAGCUGUGCCCCAGCUCAGCAGGAAUGCCCCAAAAUGUGUCAGUGGCUGUGUCCCCUGGAGACAGACAUGGGACACAGGAUCUUCUGACAGCUUUGACAUAUUUAAAUACACACAUACACACAUAUAUAAAUGUAUCUAUGUAUAAAAACCACAGCUUCAUCAGGCUGAGCUAUUAACCCAUGUUAAUUGUUAAACGAUUGAAUAAAAUCAG